AUGGACUGUGAUAUCCUAGAUUGGUCUCCAAUAGAUUCAGACUAUAUUCCGACGCAAAUUGUGCAAAUUAGAAUUGACAAUGUUACAAAUAAUGAACAACUACUAGAUACUGAAUUAGAUGAACGAGAUCAAGAAUUCAUCAAUCGCAACUACAGAAAAGGAGGAAAGAAAGACGAUGUUAUUGUGUCUUGUGCAAAGUGUUUUACUCCAGUUUCAUAUCAAGCAAGAUUAGGUUCCAGUGGUUACUUUGCUGAAGCUGUUAUUAACAUACAAUACGUAACAGAAGACAAAUAUUCUAGCAUUUCUUCGCUUAAAAGGGGUAGAAAACCGAAUCUGUUUGUGGCUUGCGAGUCAUGCAAUGAGAUUAUCGCUACUCAGGACAAAGCUGGAAUAUUUUACUUCACAGAUGCAUCAGAUUAUACAAUGUUUAGUGACGAAAUAUUGCAAGAUACACUUAACCAUGUGAGCAAACUAACUGGCAGAUCUGAUUUCACACUCAAUAUAUUCAGGGAAAAUAUCAACUUGUGGUUAAUGAACCUUAUUGUAUUACUGCAAUAUGAUGAUUGUUUGUUUAUCCCACUAAUUACCGCCAUUUUGAAACGCAGUUGCGCUCGUUAUAUAGUAAACAAUUAUAUAAAAAACGCACAAAAAUACAUAUGCUUAUACAUUGUAAAUCCGGCAAUUGUUGCAUUGCAAAGAAUACUAAAUGAUAAGCUUCUAUUGUAUAGAACACUAGUUGACAUAGAAAAUAUAAUACGGUGCUAUAAUAUAAGACAUGAAUUAUUAUGUGAAAUGCUAAGCAUGUUGACACAGCUGUUAAUAGAUAUAGAAUAUUCCAAAGUCAUUAACAAUUCCCAUGGAAAAGCUCCUGCGCAUGUAUUGAGAUUGUGCAUUAAUUCCUUAACGCCAUUUGUCAUUAGAUUAACUAAUAAUACAAAGUGUUAUUAUUGGACUGGAUUAUUUAAUUCGUUGCUUCGAAUUAAACUCGAUUUUAGUGUUUCAAAUGUUAUACUUAACCUUGAAAUAGCUGCUACGGUUGAAGACCAAACGAGUCAUAUACCAUUGUUAUUAGCGGAGACAUUUAAAGUCUCUUCAAUGAUUUCAAUGUUACACUACUCUACACUCGACCCAUAUAUUAAAAGGGUGUGUGAGCUGAAGGAAAAACUGAUCACAAAAUAUUGUAUUGAGAACUUGAUACCUGUAAUGUUAUUUUACAAAUCAACACUUAUAGAUCUUGCCAACCACAAGUACCACAACACCGAACUACCUAGUAUAACCAAUAACCUUAAGUUGAAUGUAUUUACAGAAUUGAACAAAACUGCAUACACAGUCAUUAUGCCCCAUUAUAUCAAAUUGUUGGUGAAGUCAUACAUGGCAUUGAUGCUUAAAUUACCCAAAACGAGUUAUUUGUGUAAAAAAUGUAGUGAUUACUACAUACAACAGCACUUACAUUUUAUCUAUGAAAUGAUGGAUUAUACACAUACAAUCACGAAAAAAAUUGGUGAAUGGAUGGGUAAAGAUCCAAUUAAUGAAUUUGAAAAAAUUUUUGAGACUAUAAAAAGCAUAAUCAUUUGCCUCGUAGGCUCCGAGCACAUUUUGUCCAUGAAUUGGUUCAGUCACUCUAAAAAGUUGCCCAGUGAAAUCUCUAACAUGCUGCAUUGCAUAGCAAUUAGAUACUCCCCUUGCAAAUCCAUGAUAUCAAUACUACGCAAAACUCAGCCCGUGACUAAACCACUAUCAUAUGAUGACUGUAUUAGGGUCCGCAGCAAGACCACUAAUGACAUACCUGUGAAUGAAACUGUGUCGCUAUUAAUGGAUAAUGAAUGGAUUGAUGCCAAAGUCAUGCACGAAUCACAUCUACUGUUAUUUCACUACAAUACCUUAUUAAUAUCAAUAGUAGAUCUUAGGCAUAUAACAGGGGUGAUUAAGUACAUCACACCUCACGACCCACUUGUUGAAGAAAUUGGAAAGGGCUAUAUAAUAAAGCUAGUGACUGAUGAAUGGAGAUUCGGUGGCAUUGAAAAAUUAGAUGGGCUGUCUCAUCAACCAUUCGUAACAAUUUCCCUCUCAACCGAAGGGCUAAGAGAUGUGUUUUUUACCGCGUUAAAAGCACUAUUAGACAAGACUAUGGAUGUUGGAGAUGGAUGGAUUUUCCCCAAAUACCGCCAUUUUGAUUUAGAAACUGAAUUAAAAUCGUAUUUUGAAGACACUACUCAGGUGUCCAGUGAUGAAUAUGGAUAG